GUAUCCUGCAUGGUCAGAGGCUGUACAUCAGUCUCUGCAUAAUUGGUGUUUUUUGGAUAUGGCAUUUCGUCAUGGUAUUCCAUCACGUCGUCAGGAGUUUCAUCACUUCGGCGGGUUAGACGAGGUGGAUUACGUGAAUGUCGAGGAAAAGGACUUUACAUUAAUUAUAUUCAAAACCUUUGUUGUUGGCA